ACUGAGUCGGGGGAUGACUCCACACCAUCUGUGCCUUCCCGACCUGCAGUAAACUGGUGGAGCAGAUCACCCAUCUGCAGGCGGAGAAGUCCGACUUGUCCUGCCAACUGGAGGCGGCCCAGACCGACGCGGAGAUGGGCCGACUGGAGCAUGUGGAGGCCGUGGAAGCCCUGCAGCAGAUGAACGUGAAGCUGGAGAGCGAGAACGAGAAUCUCAAGCGGGAGAUAGAUAAACUCAAGAUGCUGGGAGCCAAUCCGGAGUCGUUGUUGGACAGUACGGGUGGCUGUAGCACCGACACUGAGAAGCAGCUGGAGAAGGUGCAGGUGGAGAACGUCAGACUGUUGCAGCAAAUCGUCGGCUUCAAACACAUGGACUACCGGAGGUCAUCCAUCGGGCUCCCCUCGGAAAAUGAACUCAUUACGGGUUUGCAAGAAGACAACAACACACUAAGUUUGGCACUGUCAACUCUACAGAAAACACUUAAACAAAAGGAGAAAGAUCUUCAAGAGGUGGAAGUGCGAAGUCGAUAUGAAAAACACUCUCUGUCUACCCAAAACAACAAACUGUCUCGACAAAUUCGGGAACUACAAGCUGAAGUGGUGCUCAUGCAAGCCAAGGAACCAGAGGUGAUGCACCGAAUUGAACGAGUUAAGGUGGAAGUUGAGUCUGAGGAGUUGAAGAAUGACAUCACAGUGUUUAAACAUGAGAGUGCAAGGAAAGAUGAACAGCUGGACCAACUGAGACAGGAAAAGGCUGCACUCGAAAGCAAGAUUGAGCUGUUUAUUGCCGAGAAGAUGGACCUGCAGCAGUCGUUUCUUGAGGAGAUUGAGGCUCUAGAACACAGCAGGGAGUCGGCCGUCGACGACAUGAGGCGGCAGAAGGAGGCUGAGAUGACGCACCUACAAACGAGUCAUUCCCAGAUGUGUCGCUCCGUCGUCACGCUGAAGACACAGUUUGACGAACUCAAGACGUCAUACGUCCAUCUCGUGAAGCAAGUGAAACAGUUCCCCAACGUCAUUUCCAAAACCAUCAACAUCCUCAGAUCAGAGGCAGUGCAGGCUAUAGAAGGCGUGACUCAACACAACAAGGAACUGGUGAAGAAAUACCUCCGAGAGAUGCAUCUCCGCAAGAAGUACCACAAUGAAUUGGUCGAACUUAAAGGAAACAUCCGCGUGUUCUGCCGAGUGCGGCCGUGGAUCAAGGAGGACGGGGUCAGCCAGCAGACCGAAAUGACCAUCUCAUUUGACCCUGACGAUGACGGUCUCAUCUACGUCACCAACAAGGGCCGCAUCCAGACCUUCGAGGUGGACCGGGUCUUCACCAGCAAGAGCACACAGAUAGAAGUGUUUGAUGAAGUGAAGGCACUUGUCACGUCCUGUAUUGAUGGCUUCAAUGUGUGUAUUUUCGCAUAUGGACAAACCGGUUCAGGCAAGACCUAUACAAUGGAGGGUCCGCCUGGUGAUGCAGGGAUCAAUCAGAGGGCAAUACAGGAGCUGUUCAAAGAAAUUUCGGAGCGGGGUUCUGAUUGGGAUUACUCCAUUUCAGUCAGUGUCUUGGAGAUCUACAAUGAAGCCAUCAGAGAUUUGCUGAGUGAGGAUUCCACUUACAAGCUGGAGGUGAAGUUGAACCCAGAAGGAGGAUACCACGUCCCAGGCCUUGUCUGUGUCCAGGUGAAUUCUGUGGAGGAUGUCAAUAAGGUAUUUUCCGUGGGUCAGCAAAACCGUGUGACUGCCACAACCAACAUGAAUGAACACUCGUCGCGAUCCCACGCACUACUGUGUAUCACAGUUACUGGGAUCAACAAAACAACAAACACCAAGUCCAUAGGUAAGUUGAACCUGGUGGACUUGGCUGGCUCUGAGCGGGUGAGCAAGUCGGGGGCAGACGGGACGCGACUCAAGGAAGCUCAGAGUAUCAACAAGUCUCUGUCGUGUCUCGGGGACGUCAUCCACGCUCUGCGCUGUCGACAGAACCACAUACCCUACCGUAACUCCAAACUCACGUUCCUCUUACAGGACUCCCUUGGUGGCGACAGUAAGACACUGAUGAUAGUGCAGGUUGCGCCAGUCGCUGUUAAUGUCGGCGAGACGGUCUGCAGUUUGGCGUUUGCUCAGCGUGUGAGAACCAUUGAGCUUGGUGCUGCUACUAGACGAAUUGAGAACGGGGAUCUCAAUGAGAACGGACAGUUGAUUCCAGGGAGUCCUCAGACCUUCAACGGGCCACUCUCACCAAAGGGCAACACCCCCGGCAAGACUAACACCCCUAUUAAGUCAGGCACCCCCCUGAAGCCAGCAACCCCCGGUUCGGCCCGACCUCUGACCCCGUCUUCACGGCAUGCCCGGCAGCUCAUAUCCAGGAGAAAAUAGACGUUAAUGGUGAAUCAGACAUUCCGACAUUUUGACUUGGCACAACUGAAAGCUUUAUUGUUUAGCAGAACCCAAAAUCUUCUUGAUACGAUAUUGACAUCCAAUAGCCGGUGAUUAAUAAAUCAGUGUGCUCUAGUGGUGUCGUUAAACAAAAGCAAACAAACUUUAGUCAUGAUACGAUUGUUCUGGGUUGUGUGUUUAGUGCUACAUGUCUGGUCCUGUGCUUUAUAAAACUUUUCGAGUCUAGACUCAAGUCUAUUAUAAUGUUUUGAGAUUAACAUCAUGGUAACGUCAUGCAAAUUACAUUGUCAUCAAUAAAGAGUUGAAGGGCAGAACGUAGCCCAGUGGGAGAGCACUCACCUGAUGUACAGUCGGGCAAAGAUCGAUCCCCGUCAGUGGGCCCAUUGGGCUAUUUUUCAUUCCAGCCAGUGGCCCUCAACCCUAGUAUAUCAAGGGCCAUGGUAUGUGCUAUCCUGUCUAAAGGAUAACGUAUAUAAAAGAUCCCUUUCUACAAAUGGAAAAAUGGGUGUGUGCUACAACAGCUUGUUCUGAAUAUGCACGUUAAAACCUGUGACCUG